GUUUCCUACGCUGCUUCAUCGCCCGCACUAUCAGAUCGCAAUAAGUACUCAUCAUUUUAUCGUCUGUAUCCCAGUGAGUCAUCCUUCAAUGCACCAAGAUUGGCCCUCGUUAAAUAUUUCGAAUGGAAGACAGUAGCUACUAUUCAUCAAACCGCCGAUGUUUUCUCCUUAUCCAUGAAAGAAAUGAUUGAAUCUUUUCAAUCCAAUAAUAUUACUGUACUUGCUAGCGAACAAAUAUCUGAUGAUCAAGAUCCAGCUAAUAAAGACGCGCGAAUAAUCCUCCUUAGCUCUUAUGAAGAUCUAGCUCGAAAAAUCGUUUGUUCAGCUACCAGAAAUGGACUCAUGACGUUAAAACAUGUCUGGUUUUUCAUGGGUUGGUAUAGCGAUAAUUGGUGGAGCGUUGCAGAUCCUAAUGUCGAAUGUAGCCCACAAGAAAUGAGAGAUGCUAUGGGAAAUAUUACCGCAUUUUCUUUUUCAUCAAUUAUAACUGAAUAUUUUUUUCAGUCUGCUUCAACAUUUCAAAGUAUUUAUGACAAGGAAGCGUACAAGUUAUAUAACCGUUCUGGUUGGAACACAGCUGGCUUUGCAUGGGAUGCUUUUUGGACGAUUGCUUUCGCUUUAGAUGGAGCAGAAAAACAGUUAUCUAGACAGUCGCCUCCCGCUCAUCUUUACCAAUUUGAUUAUAAUAACACACUAAUAGGAGAUACUAUCCACGAUAAUCUCAAGGCAACCAAUUUCUUAGGAGUUACGGGAAAAGUUCAAUUUUCAGAAAAAGGUGAACGAAUUAUGACCAGUACCAUUCAGCAAUAUCAAGAUGGCCGAUUUGUACUGAUCGCUAUGUACGAACCAACUGAUAAUCGCUUGCAAAGAAUACCCGAUAGUAGAAUUACAUGGCCGAAUAACGGUUCAAAACCUGUCGAUUCUGUCUAUAUUCAAAUCCAAGACAAGGAAGUUAGUCAGCCACUCUUCUUUUCAGUGGUACUAAUUUUGAUUGCAUGUGUGGCAAUGGCCAUCUUUUUCCUAAAUAUCAACAUUCGAUAUCGUCAUGUAAGAUUCAUUAAAAUGUCCAGCCCCAACAUGAAUAAUUUGAUUAUCCUCGGCUCCGUAACAACUUAUAUAGGUGUUUUAAUAUUUGGUAUGGAUUUUGUACCUUUGAAGGAGUAUCAGUCCCUAUGUAAAGCACGUAUUUGGCUCAUCAGUCUUGGCUUUUCAUUUGCUUUCGGUGCUAUGUUUUUCAAAACAUGGCGAGUUCAUAAAAUAUUUGCUAACUUGACAGCGAAGAAAGUAGCCAUUCGUGAUAGCCAAUUAUUACUACGUGUUGGUGUCCUAAUUGUUAUAGAUGUCACCGUUCUUCUUGUAUGGGAACUGAUCGAUCCUCUACAAAAACUGAUUAUCUACCCGAAGGGAAUUGCAAUCGAUAAUUUUUUUUAUGAACAGCCUUUGCCAGGUAACUCUGACGUUCUUAUACGCGAAAGGCUAAAAACCUGCAGAUGCCAGCGAGAAGUAAUCUGGAUUGCGAUUAUCGUCAGUUAUAAGGGUUUAUUGCUACUGUUUGGGCUUUUUCUGGCAUGGGAGACUAGAAAAGUUGCUAUUAAUGCUCUAAACGAUUCCAAAAAUAUUGGCUUAUGCGUUUACGCCGUCGCUGCUACCUGUGCAGUGAUAACACCAAUAGUCUUGACUACUGGCCAUUUACCAAAUGUACAAUAUGCAUUCUUCGCUUUGGCUAUUAUUUUUUGCGCCACCAUAAAUUUACUGGUGGUUUUUCUGCCAAAGGUAAAUUAG